AUGGCAGUCAACACAGCACCCGUCAAGUGGGCUCAGCGAGCCGACAGCAUCUACCUGACGCUUGAUCUCCCGGACGUGAAGGACGAGCAGCUCAAGCUUACCAAGGACAUGCUCUCCUUCAGUGGCACGAGCAACGACAAAAAGUACGCCCUCGACUUGGAAUUUCUUCACGACGUCAACUCCGAGAAGAGCACAUGGAAAGUGCUGCCACGCAGCAUCCAGAUGCACAUCAUGAAAGAGACCGAGGACGACGCUUUCUGGGAGCGCCUCCUCAAGGACAAGUCCUUGGAGAAAACUAACGUGAAGAUUGACUGGAACAAGUUCGUUGACGAGGACGAGGACGAGGGCGGAGAAGGGUUCGACAUGAGUGCCCUCGACGGAGGAAGCCAAUUCGGAGGCCGUGGCGGCCCUCCCGGAGGGAUGGGUGGUAUGGGAGGGAUGGGAGGGAUGGGGGGUAUGGGGGGUAUGGGAGGCAUGGGAGGGAUGGGAGGCAUGGGGGGGAUGGGAGGCAUGGGGGGUAUGGGCGGAGGCGAGGGAGGGAUGCCGGCAGGAAUGGCAGAGAUGAUGGCCAAGAUGCAGGCGGGUGAGAUGGGAGGCAUGGGAGGCAUGGGAGGAGGCGGGGACGACGACGACGAUGAUGAUGAUGACGAGGCGGAUAGCGACGACGAGGGCCUGCCCGAUCUCGAAGAUGACGACGAUCAGCCAAGUGCCUAGAGGUGACGACGCUUCAUUGGCCCGUGGCGACCCAAGAGUCUUGUCAAGCAGACGCUUACGUUGAGCUCGGCAUUCUGCGCGAGUUUUGUUUUGUCGGGCCGGGAGGUUUAUCCUCGUUACACUACAUAGGCGCUUGAUUACUCUCAGCGUGCGGCGGCUAUGCAAGAAGAGCCUGAGCUCGGAGUACGGCGGUGUUGGGGGCACCAUGGGGUGAUCCUCAUUCCACGCGUUUACUUCUUGAUGCUUGGUCGAGGAGACAGCAGUCAGGUCCGGGUUGGGGGGGCGGCGGCAGGGGGGCGAUUCCCUGCCCUUGUUGUCUUGGUAUUAUAUCACAUUCGUUUGUUUAGUGUCUUGUUUUUGUAUCCAGUCAUCUCGUAGAUGGCAGGAAGGUUGGCGGUGUAUCCGGGCAACAAUAGCGUGAUUUGACUCUGUUCGCCCCCUCGCUUUCGGGCUGCUGGUUCGUGUGCCUCCAGUCUUUUCUUUUCCGGUCCGCGCCCUCUGCGGAGAGACGCCGAAUCCCGGUAGAAAUUUCCAUGUCAGCAGUUUAGACCCGACUCCUCAACUCCCCCGCCUUUCGUUGUUCGGGCAAAACAUUCAUCCCAUCCACGUUUCCCGUAAAUAGGAGUGAGUGUAAGUAGUGGGAUGACACCCUGGGGUGUGUGUGACCUACCGUGGUGUGAUGUUUUUAUUGCGGGUUGGAGAGCUAUUUUUUUUGUGGGACAGUUUUAAGACUGUACGAGCGGCAAUGUGGGUUACUUUCACGUUGCGCUUGUGGAGCUCUGACGGCAGAGCGGCGGCAAGAUUGAGGGGAAUAUUUGUUUUGUUUGGUCAAACCACACGGGCGACUCCUUGGGCCAGUCGCCCGUCGCUCCGGGAGCGCUUCGAAUCUCGGGGCAAGGUUGGGGUCUUUGGAACACUGGUCGAUGCUAUUUAGCGUAUAUCAUCUGGGCGGGCUUGUUGCGUACACGCGUGGAGGGAGCUCUUGAGUCAUGGGGGAUACGCAAAGUGGAUCACAGGGCGAAAGAGAAGGGCGUGAGGGGAGGACCCUUCAUGUGUUGGGAGUGGUUUGCAAAGAACAUCAUAUGACUCUUAAUAAACCUCUGUAGUCCUAUUCUUUGGUUGUUUGUAUUUCGUUCGUUGUCGGGGAGGAUGAAACAAGGCAUUCACUACAAGUAUAGUUUUCUGC